AUGUAUGAUAUCCCCUCAACCACUGCCGAGUUUAACGGAAGUCGACGUCAACUGAGAGGUGCAUGGUUUGGCAUGCGCUCCCUUGCGCCACCUCACUGGCUAUCACUUACGUCGGCACUACUACCGAGACUAGACUAUUCAGUUGAUAUUUCAAGGAGAUUAUUUAGAAUCUCGCCGCCGUGCCUACUGCAACAACAUCAAUUUGUCAUGCAACAAGACACAAAUUGGGAAAAAACAACAUGGCGUUAUCAUCAUAACACCUGGAUUAAGAUAUCUCAGCCCAAGUCUCCUCUCACAACAGAGACUGCCAAGGUUAGCAAGUACCUCACUCUUAUGCCAAGCGGCGGCAACAGCAAUUGA